AUGGGUGCGAAGAAGAAGAAGAAGAAGGGCUUCAUGUGCCAGUCAGUAGAAGCAACUGCAGUGUGCAUGACCGCCGACCGCCUCUCCGUGGUGGUGCCACGGCGGCAGGACCAGAUCAAUACCACCAAGUACACUCGUCUCGUCGAGUCAUCAAACGAUGUUGGUUCACUCAACAAGGGAUCUACCACAAUGCAGCAGCUGCCGCCAAUCAGAAGCCAUCAAGCCCAGAACGACCCAGAACCAGAAGGAAAGACCCUCCAAGAACCCUCCUCAGUGCCUUCCCCAGAUCAUAUUGUGGUGAUGAGAGUGUCUCUUCAUUGUCAUGGCUGUGCCGUCAAAGUCAAGAGACGUCUAUCCAAAAUGGAAGGUAAUUAA